GCGAAGCUUCUCCAUCGGCAGUGGCCCGAAUUCGCCACAACGCGUAGUCUCAAAUCUACGCGGUUAUCUAACACAUCGCCUCAGUAAUAUCACACCGAGCGAUACAGGUUGUCCAGACGGUUGCCAACGAAUCGAGUGAAAUGUAAAGCAAAAUCCACACCACAAACUCACCCGAGAAGCAAGCAAAGCGUAAAAGCAAAAAGUGCGGAGUGAGGACAGAAAAGACAAGAGAGAAGAGACAAGAGAGAAGAGGGGAGAGUGAGACCGCAAGGCACGCACAGGCAGAGUAAACCACCGCCGCCAGGGGAGAAAAAGUUUAGUUUGAGCAACGGAAAAACAAAGUAAAAACGUAAGCAAACACACACACAUACACCAACACAAUGUGCCUGUUGAAGACAACAACUAAAACAAAAAGGAUCAACGCGAAAUUCCUUAGCAACACAACGAGAAGAGAAAAUGAGUGGAGGUGCAGACAGUAGUUUGGUGUGAAGAAAUUUUGGAGAAAACUUUCAGCUGAAGAGUAAAUUGACGAAAAACUCGCAAACUAUAUCACAACAAAAACAACAAAACGAAUAGCAACAUCAAACAACAAAUAAAUUGAAAUGCAAAAAAAAUGUGCUUAAAAGUUGCAAAAGUAACUGGAAACGUUUGGACUACAAAUUAUAAAACAACUACAACAACAGCAGCAACAACAAAGUACUUGGAUUUAAAAAGGGAUAGUAAAAGCGUAUAACAGUUGUAAGUAACAUUCAAGUGAAACACCACAAGCUACACCAAACAAGUACAAAGUAACAAAAAGAACAACAACAACAACAACAUAUAGAAAAAAUUUCACAACUUUCACAUCCAUCUUUCCAAGAAGUCCCUCCGUAACAACCAAAAUGGCUGGCUCCUUUCAAAUACCGCUAAUCAAUCUCGAGUUGCGCGAAGUCAAAGAGAUUGUUUGGGAGAAAAUCCAAGAGCCCGUCAAUCAGCGUCGUCUCAUCUUGGUUAUCGUUUCAAUCGCGCUGCUCUUGGACAACAUGUUGUAUAUGGUUAUCGUGCCGAUUAUACCAGAUUAUUUACGUGAAAUCGGUGGUUUCGAUGAGGAUUUGGCACCGCUGCUGCGUGAUAAUCGCACAGGUCAAAUAAUACCCGUACAUCAUGAUCAUCAUGGUCAAGACUCGGCGACCGGCAUUUUGUUCGCUUCGAAGGCGAUCGUACAGCUAAUGGUGAAUCCCUUCUCUGGCGGCCUAAUCGAUCGUAUUGGCUAUGAUUUGCCCAUGAUGAUUGGUCUAACCAUAAUGUUCUUCUCAACAGCGAUGUUCGCCUGCGGCCGCAGUUAUAGUCUGCUCUUUUUUGCACGUUCGCUACAAGGUGCGGGUUCAGCUUUCGCAGAUACAUCGGGUUUGGCUAUGAUAGCCGAUCGUUUUACGGAGGAAAAUGAACGUUCGCAGGCAUUGGGUAUUGCGUUAGCUUUCAUCAGUUUCGGUUGUUUGGUGGCGCCACCUUUCGGCGGUGCACUGUAUCAAUUUGCAGGCAAAGAGGUGCCGUUUCUCAUUUUAGCGCUCGUCUGUCUCUUGGACGGUCUAAUGUUGUUGCUCGUUAUGAAACCGGUCAAAGAUCAAAUAAGACAAAGUAAAGAGGUGCAACAGCAAUCGAUACCAAUUUGGCGUUUGCUUAUGGAUCCAUACAUUGCAGUCUGCGCCGGUGCGCUGACUAUGUCGAAUGUGGCAUUAGCUUUUCUCGAGCCCACCAUUUCGCUGUGGAUGGAGGAUAAUCUAACAACGGACAAUUGGAAAAUCGGCAUGGUGUGGCUGCCAGCCUUCUUUCCGCACGUGCUCGGCGUUGUUAUCACUGUGAAAAUGGCGAGAAAAUAUCCACACCAUCAAUGGCUUAUGGCCGCUGUUGGCCUGGCGCUUGAGGGUUUCUCCUGCUUCAUCAUACCCUUCUCCAGCUCGUACAAAGUACUUAUGAUACCGAUUUGUAUUAUCUGCUUUGGUAUUGCACUCAUCGAUACUGCCCUUCUACCCACGCUCGGCUACUUAGUGGAUGUGCGUUAUGUAUCUGUGUACGGUAGUAUUUACGCCAUUGCCGAUAUCUCGUAUUCGAUCGCCUAUGCUGUCGGUCCGAUUAUUGCUGGCGGUGUGGUAGAAGCGAUCGGUUUCACGGCGCUCAAUUUCAUUAUUGCCUUCUCCAAUCUACUCUACGUGCCCAUGUUGCGCAAGCUACGUAACAUUUACGAUUUCAAGCCAUUCGAGAAUGAAGCCAACAUACUAAUGCAAGAUCCACCGAACAAAGAGUAUCAGACGUAUGUGAUGCAUGAUCAAAAGCCAGUUGAUGGUGAUUUCAAAAAUCAUCUCGAAUAUGGUCAACAAUAUCAGCAGGAGCAGGAGUCCAAUGUGGACGAUACAAAUUAUGAUUACCAACAACAGGGUGGUUAUCAGCAAGCUGGCGGCGGUGUUGGUUAUCAGCAAAAUCAGGGUUAUCAGCAACAACAACAGCAGCAACAACAGCAACAAUAUCAGCCGGGCUAUCAGGAGCAGGGUGGUAAUUAUCAACAGGAAACGCGACAUCUUCCACAACAACGCGUCGCAAAUCCAUUUCAGCAGCAGCAACAGCAACAGCAACAACAACAGCAGCAACAGCAAAUGAAUGAAGGCGUUGGCGGGAGUAGAGGAGCACCAGCUGGUCCAGCGAAUCCAUUCAGACAAGGAUUUUAAGAUGUUGUCUUACGCAAAACUAGCGGUAAUCUAUGUUUGUUUUUAUAUCUUUGAUUGCAUUGUUUAUGUAUUUCGUUGAUUAUAUAUCCUAGCUAAAAAAGAAAAUACUAGAUAUAUUGUGUACUUUGUUGUUGUGGCUAAUAGGUAUUAAUAAAAUAUAAAAACUGAUACAUACAAAACAUACAUUAAAGUAAAGAUGGAAAAAGGCGUUUAGUGAAAUUGAAAAAAAAUAUAUAUACAUACAUAGACAUAUUGCGAACUGAGUAUAGAAUAUUUAUGUGGAGUGUACUCUAUAAGCAGUAAAAGCAGAAACAAAAUACACACACAAGCGUACUACAUACAUUUCAAAAUGUCUAUGCGUAUAUGUAUAGCGAAGCAAGCAUAUACAUAUAUAAAAAAAAACAGAAGAUUAGAUAACUAAAUUUCAAAAAUAGUUAAAAGAAAAGUGCACUACAAACAACUUAACUUUUGUAUUGUAUUAUACACUGAGAAAAAUUCUAUUCAUAAUUAACAUAGGCAUAAACUGUAUUAAUACAAAGCGAUGUAAGCCAGCAAUACAAACACAUAUAAAACUACGUAUAAGUAAAACAGGAAAAAAGCUAAUGUAUAAAGUAUAAAGUGGAGAGUUGUUGUACAUAAAGCUUUGCUGCAUACUUACUAAUAUACAAAACGAAUAUUUUGAAGCACAAAUUCUUGAUAUAAAUUAUUUAUUUUUUUAUAAAUUGUUUAGUGUUUAAUGUAUGAA